ACCAGUAUGGCAGCUACUGGGUACAGGAAUGUUGCGUACUUUGUCAACUGGGAUCUUCCCGGCAAUGAACUAACUCAUGUCCUUUAUGCAUUCGCGAAUGUGCGUCCGGAGACAGGAGAGGUGUACCUGUCGGAUACAUGGUCAGACACCGACAAGCACUACCCAACAGACUCAUGGAAUGACGUUGGCAACAACGUCUACGGAUGCGCUAAGCAGCUUUUCCUUCAAAAGCAGAGGAACAGAAAGCUAAAAAUCCUGCUGUCCAUUGGUGGAUGGACUUACUCUUCGAACUUCGCCCAACCAGCCUCUACUGCAUCGGGAAGAGCGAAGUUUGCAAGCAGUGCUGUGCAGCUAUUGAAGGACCUUGGCUUCGAUGGGCUGGAUGUUGAUUGGGAAUAUCCUACAAAUGCGGCCCAAGCCAAUGAUAUGGUUCUCUUACUCGCUGAAACUCGGAAGGUGAGAUCUCCUUUCUUUUCUACUUCUCUGGAAUUCAAUUUAUGGGCACUUGAUGCCUACUCCUCGCAAUAUGCAAAUGGACAGCAUCUUCUGCUUACCGUUGCAUCGCCCGCUGGCCCAUCAAACUACGAAAAGCUGAACCUUGCGGCCAUGGACAAAUACCUCGAUUUCUGGAAUCUAAUGGCCUACGAUUACUCCGGGUCUUGGGACACGGUUUCAGGACACAAUGCAAACUGGUACCCUUCAGCGGACAAUAAAGCCUCCACACCAUACAACACUGCACAGGCUAUCUCCUAUUACACUGCGCAUGGUGUGGCCGCUUCAAAAAUCGUGCUCGGGAUGCCUCUGUAUGGCCGUGCAUUUGCAAAUACCGACGGUCCAGGGCAGCCAUUCAGCGGAAAUGGACAGGGAACAUGGGAGCCAGGUGUUUAUGAUUACAAAGCCCUACCACAGGCCGGUGCUACAGUCUCCACCGAUACCAAAAUCCUGGCAAGCUGGUCGUAUGAUAAAUCUCAACGGUUCAUGGUCAGCUACGACACUCCUGCCAUCAUACAGGCAAAGACGCAGCUUAUAAAGAGCCAGGGUCUUGGUGGGGGGAUGUGGUGGGAGAGCAGCAGCGACAAGAAAGGUAGCGAGAGCCUGAUAUCUACUUAUGUCAAUACCGUCGGGGGAGUUGGUGCUCUAGACCAGAGCUCAAACCUACUUGAUUAUCCAGCGAGCAAGUACGACAAUCUCAAAGCAAAGUUUCCGACGGGCUAGAGUUGUGCUGCGACAAGAUGCUUUUCUUGUACAUACGGCUAGGAGCAUUGGAACGUCCCGGUUGAUUUUAUAGAUCCGAACCCGCUCUUUAACUUUCUCUUCAAUGUAUAUACUUCCUCUGAUUCCUCUUUUCUUCAUUUUCUAGAAUGGUUCUUAUGUUCUGGCAGUGCCCUUUUUGCUUCCAAAGGGGUGCUUCCGUACGUAUUGUAUGACUUCAACCUUCUAUGUUCUGCUAAAGUAUUUGAUCUGUUACUUUGAAGUCUGUGACGGAAACCUCUUCCAUAAAUCUGAUUUCAGAUGCACUUGGUGCCAGACAUGUGCAGGGUGAUCUGAUUAUCUCCACGGUUCACCAUUACCGGAUGCUCUUACUGCCAAC